UAACACAGGAGAUAACUCGUGUUACGCGUGUCCAUUACACAUCCAGACCGAUUAAUGAUGUGUAUAUAUAUAUAUCAAAUGUGUUACAUGAUAAAGACACCUAUUUUGAACUUGAUAAAACAUUUCACUGGACAGGAGUCUGUGUAAAAUUCUACUUUCACUUAAACUAACACACAAGACAAACAGGUUAACGCCUCCACGUCCAAACCAUAUAUUAUUGUUGAGCAGUCAAGUUAAGGAACUUGUCAGGAUGCAGAAAAUCGGUACUCUGACGGCCUUUUGCAUGGCUGAAACCGGACUGGCGAUCAUGAUGUGGACAGCCGCUUUUGCAACCAGGGGAUGGGUGACGGGGUAUUUAAUUACACAAGACAUAUCUGCUGGGCUCUUCACAGCGGAAUCAAACGGCAUAGUGCAUGAUAUUGAUACUUCCGUGAAUCCAAUUCUGACAACAAUAGUUUUGGAAACAAUUGGUGGAUUCUUCGCGGUUGUCUCCGCUGGUCUGUUGGCAGUCACAGUUCUGAAGCCCAACAAAUUGACUUCGUUGGUUUUCAUGAUUACGACAUUUCUAUCAGGUAUCUUCAUCAUCGCCGGUGUCUCUUACUACAACGUGAAUUUGAUCCAGGACAGCUUUCUACUGGAUGCCGGCUACAGUUGGUACCUCGCUCUGUUCUCUGGUAUCUUCAUUCUGUCAACGCCUGGCACCCUGGGCUCCGCCAUUAAAAGAGGAGAAAUCCCAACGGGCACUGACAAUGUCGUCAGAUUGUACUGAGGGCUAUAGGCUAGUCCUAGCGCCCUUAAGCGGAUGUACAAAUAAAAAACUUUUGUAUGUAGGUCACUUAUGUAGGUCACAUUUAAUUAGCAUGUAUGUAGGUCAUUAUGUGGGUCACAUAUGUUGGACAUGUAUGUAGGUAAUAUGUACGCGAAGCAAGUGUGUAUGUUUCUUGUUAUAUUUGAUAUAUAAUUGAUUCCAUUUUUAUACCAAGCCUUACGGCCUUCAAGAGUAUUGCUAGAAUGUGUUUUGGCCCAUUGGAUAGUCCCGGUACCCUUAUAUGCAAACACACAUACAUAUGUAUAUAAAUAGGUAAUAAAUGCAUUUUACCCAUAAAUGUUUUUCAUUGUAUUUCAAAAUUGAUUUGGCUUUUAAUGUAUUUCCUACGGCUCAGACAAAUUGUAAGAACAUAUUGAGGACCAUUGGCUUGUCCUGGAGUCCUUAUAUGGAUGUAAACAUACAAUCAUGAGUUUAUAUGUAGAUAUUAUAUAUGGAUCAUUAUGAGUGUCCUCUGUGUAUAUCCUCCAUGUUGUGGGUCUUCUAUGUAUUUAACCGUGAGUCUGCGUGUUUCAUACUAAAUUUGAUAUAUAGUUGAUUCAGCUAUUGUAUAAAGUCCUACAGACUUCAAGUUUAUAGAAAUACACUUGGAUCUCUUUUUUUUUUCCAAUUUAUUUUCUAAAAGAUACAUUGCAGAGAAAAACAACAACGAAUUUUAUGGUAUCACAACAACAAAUGUCAAAACUUUGUUCAGAAAUUGUUCAUAGUUCUUGCUUUCAUUUGAUGUCCUUUUUCCUGCCCUAGACUUCGAUGUUAAAUAAAAUAUGAGAGUUAUUCCUCUAUGCCACAUUACAACUGAACUUUAUUAAAUACUUAUUGAAGUUUUAUGGUGUUUUAAACAGGUCAUACUGUUUAAGUAUUUUUUAAAGUCAAGGUUUUGUAAUGUAUUAUCAUCAAAGUGCAAUGAAAUGACUUGUAAUUUGAUUUUGAUUUUCUCAUUUAAUUUUAAUAAUUAAAGACUUGUUUACGGC